AUGAAGAAACAAAGUUGUGCCGAUCCUCUUUUGAUCUCUGCCAGGCUCCUCCUCCUCCUCUUGGCCACAGACUGUGUCGUCCGAGCACAGACAGGCAGCUAUUUCCCAAUAACGAACAUCAAAGAUCCCUACUUGCAAGAGGUGGGGCAGUUUGCAGUGAAGGAGUACAACAGAGAAUCAAAGGGUGAGUUGAAGUUUGUGAAGGUGUUGAACGGCGAAGAGCAGGCGGUGGCUGGGUAUAGUUACAAGCUUGUCUUGGCUGCAGAAAGUGGCUCCGUCACCACCAAUUAUGAGGCCGUUGUUUGGGAGGAUCCACAGCAAGUCACGCACCUUGUUUCUUUUAAUCAUGUUAUAGAUAAUUAA